AUGCUCGUCAGGACGAGGUCACAGCUCGUCAUGUUUUCCUCCGGCCUGUUCAUCAUCUUCGUCAUCGGUCUCGGAUUUAUCCUCCGGGCGUCUUCAGAACAACCUCCGACAUUCCUCGAACGGACAGAUCUGGUGACGGGCCCGUCGGCACAGAAGGACGGCGGAUCGACGAAGGCAGAUGGGAAGAAACAGCCUCCGGGCAUCAAACAUCACGAGGUCUUUUCGAACAUGACGGCGGACGGCAAGUUCUUCAUGGUCGACUUCAUCGACGAAGGAUCAUACAACCCGAAUUUCCUGCCGCAUUUCUACAAGGAAGAUACAUAUGUCAUGAUCGCGCAGAGGGACAAGCAGCACGACGACAACACCAUCUGGAACAUGGAACUGGUCUGCGACGCCAAAUUCACCAACGGCAAGAUGACGUGCACCAAGUCCCCCAUGAACUUGCCCAUCGCCUCGACGAUGAGCACCUUCUGCACAGAGGACAUGGACUACUUCAACAACCAGAUCGGACCCCACGACGCCCGCGUCUUCUACGGCCCGAAGGCCCCCUACAUCGUCUGGAUGUCCCAAUCCCCCUUCAACUGUCUCGGCCAAUGGAUCCAGGACCUCCGGCGCAUCACCGACUGGCACCGGACCCCGACCACCAACCUCUCCGACGCCUUCUUCUACCCGACCAUCCUCCAGCGCCCGCCCCCCUACGGCCGCAUCGAGAAGAACUGGUACGUCUUCUGGGACUACGCCGGCGACAUGUACCUGCACUACGACACGACCUCGACGACGCGCGUCUUCGCCAAACUCUCCCCCGACGGCAGCGUCGGCCCGGACCUGGCCCCGGCCACCGCCGACCACGACGCGAAAUGCAUGGCCAAACUGAUGCCGAAGAUCCGCCCCAAGCCCUACCCGGAGUGGCUGCACCAAGCGACCAACUCCCUCGCCGUGACCCUCUGCCGGCGCUCCGACCCGGCCUGCCAGGCCACCGAGGCCAACACCUUCAUCCUCGCGCUCUUCCAGACCAAGACGUUCUACUACCACGGCGUCUACGAGCCGUACUUCAUGCUGUUCCGCCAGACCGCGCCCUUCGCGCUGUACGCCAUCACCACCGUGCCGGUCUGGUACCACGGCCGGGGCAAACCCCACGGCGACUGGACCGCCGGCACCACCAAGCCGAAGGACCAGAGCCAGAUGAUCUUCACCACCAGCAUCUCCUGGAAGCAGCCCGGGAAGAUGUACCAUGGCUACCUGGACGACGAGGUCCUCAUCGGCUUCGGCGUCGAGGACCAGGCCUCCGCCGGCAUCGACGUCGUCAUGGCCGAUCUGCUGCACGAUUUGACCGCUUGCGAUGGCGGGGAGUGGAGGACGGAGAAUUUGGGAGGGGAGGAGCAGGGAGGGGAGGAUAUUGAGGCGUGA